AUGGCUUACUUUAAAAUUAUCUUUUUCUCAAUCCUUAUUCGAUUCCUUUGUUUUGCAACUAUCAAGGCACAGGACUCUAUUUGUUCCUCCAAUGGUACCACAACCAAUAGCACCUACCAAAUCAAUACCAGGACACUCCUCUCUUCCUUAUCAUCAAAAGCCGUCGGCAACACCGAAUUCUACAACACCACAGUCACCACAGGAAACCCCUCUGAUUCUGUCUAUGGAUUGUUCAUGUGCAGGGGUGAUGUCACCUUUCAAAUCUGUGAUGAAUGCAUAGUUAAUGCAACUCAAAAACUUUCCUUAGAUUGCCCAUUAUCCAAACAAGCUGUAAUUUAUUACGAAAAUUGCAUGGUUCGAUACUCCAAUGAGUCUUUCUUUUCCACUGUUUCUACAAGUCCUUGGUAUGCACAGUGUACAUAUGCCAACGUCUCAAACACGAAAAGCUUCAUGCCUUUAUUGUUUUCAACCUGGUACGAAACUGCAGAUGAAGCAGCACGUCCACUUAUUGGAGACAUAAAAAAGAAGUUUGCAACAAAAGAAGCACGAGUUUCGAAAAAUCAGACCCUAUACUGUCUAGCUCAGUGCACGCCAGACUUGUCUCCUAACAAUUGCAGAACCUGUCUCUAUACUGCUAUUGAUCUUCUUCCUCUGUGUGGUUAUGGAAAGGUGGGUGGGAGAUUUCUUUUGCCUAGCUGUAAUGUUAGCCACUGCUUGGUUCGCUAUUCAGAUCAAAAAAUCCUCUCUAACAUUGAAACAAGUCCUAUGUAUAGAGAUAUAAAUAUCACUGAUUACACCACAAACCAAAACUGGUUCACUAGUACCUUAUCGAAUCAGUUAUCUCAACUUGCGAAUGAUACAGGGGACAGUGAUGAAAGAUAUAAGACUAAUUCAUUAAAACUGAAUGAUAAACAAACCUUGUAUAGUCUUGGACAAUGUACGCGAGAUUUGUCUAGUGAGGGUUGCGCUACUUGUCUAAAUAAUGUGAUCACUACAUCAAUUCCAUGGUCAAAUUUGGGUAGUGUUGGGGGAAGAAUUAUCUAUCCUAGCUGCAAUCUGAGGUUUGAAUUGUUCCCUUUUUACAUGGAGGGUGACGAAGCUCAGCCACCUGGGAGUCCACCUUUACCACGAAAUGCAGGUGAAGUCUUUGCUCCAAUUUUACAUGUAUGGAGACAAUGGAUGGAUCAAACACCUUUAAGUAUAUUGGACCCAAAUAUUAAAGAAGAUUAUUCUACAAAUGAAGUCAUUAAGUGCAUUCAGAUUGGUCUAUUAUGUGUUCAAAAUGACCCGAAUGCUAGACCUUCAAUUGUGACAGUUGCUUCUUAUCUUAGCAGUUAUGCAAUUGAUUUACCAACUCCACAAGAACCUGCGUUUUUCUUGCAUGGUAGAACUUAUUCCGACGUUCUUGCACAAGAAUCAAGUUCUACUCAAUCUGCCAAUAGUUCUGCACUUUUCUCAUACAAUCAAAUGUCUGCAAGUACUUUUAUUCCUCGAUAG